ACUCACAGGAUGCUUGCUGUCAAACACAGUUGCGAGCACAGAACAGUCAUUCAACGAAACCAUCUCCAGUCUUCACAAAAUAAAAUGCGCCCUAACGCAGCGAUGUCUCUGGGUAUGCUGGCCGUGUACUUGCUGAUAUGCAUGUCCAAUCUGAUGGCCGCGUAUCCAUCCAAACCCGUCAUUCCCGCAGAAGAUGCGCCUGUGGAGGACUUCGCCAAGUACUUCUCUGCACUCAGACACUACAUCAACCAAAUCACUCGACAGCGGUAUGGGAAAAGAUCCAGCCCUGAUAUGGUGUUCUCUGACCUGCUACAGAGGGAGAGCACAGAGAGCGUCCCACUAGCAAGCUAUGGAAGAUAUGAGGAUCUACCGUUGUGGUGGUGAAGCCAGUGUAUUACGGACUUCCAUACCAGUCCCUUUCAACAACACCACACUGCCUGUUUGUCACAGCACCACAACAACACCACACUGCCUGUU